CUGAUAACGAUAACUUUCUCCGAUCAAUUAUCGAAUCUCUAAUCGGCCGGAAGUAUGACGGCUGAUGUACCAAACACCGUCGGCUAUGCUAACGGAGAUUUGAAAUCCAAACACACUGAUGCUAACACCGGCUCUAGGAAAUCAAAGGUGAGCGAGCGGGGCCGUAGGCGGCGGAAGCAGAAGAAAAACAAUAAGGUACCGUCUCGUGGAGUAGAUAGUGACACAGCCGCUACCGACGAAGCUAAUGGCGGUGCUGGUGAUACUGAUAAGGAGAAUUCCGAUCUACAGAAGUCCCUGGUGGUGGAGCAAGUUGAAGUGGAAUAUGUCCCAGAGAAGGCAGAAUUAGAUGGCGAGUUGGAUGAGGAAUUCAGGAAGGUUUUUGAAAAAUUCAGUUUCACAGCUGCUACUGGUUCUGAGGAGAAUGAUAAAAAGGACGAGACUGCUGCCGAUGCCGCCUUAAAGAAAAAGGAUGAUUCAGAUUCGGAGGAAGAGCAAGAUGCUCAGCCAAGGGAGAAGGGUAUUUCUAACAAAAAGAAAAAGCUUCAACGUAGGAUGAAUAUUGCAGAACUGAAACAAAUCUGCACGAGACCUGAUGUAGUUGAGGUAUGGGACGCUACUGCUGCAGACCCUAAGCUUUUGGUAUAUCUGAAAUCUUACCGAAAUACUGUUCCUGUCCCACGACACUGGAGUCAAAAACGAAAAUUUUUGCAGGGGAAACGUGGUAUCGAGAAACAGCCGUUUCAACUGCCUGACUUUAUAGCUGCGACCGGAAUUGAGAAAAUUAGACAAGCUUACAUUGAAAAGGAGGACAGUAAAAAGCUUAAACAAAAGCAGCGGGAGCGGAUGCAGCCAAAAAUGGGAAAGAUGGAUAUUGAUUAUCAGGUUCUCCAUGAUGCCUUUUUUAAGUACCAGACUAAACCAAAGUUGAGUAGCCACGGGGAUCUGUAUUACGAAGGAAAAGAGUUUGAGGUGAAGUUGAGGGAGAUGAAACCUGGGACUUUUUCUCAGGAACUGAAAGAGGCUCUUGGUAUGCCCGAAGGCGCUCCUCCUCCUUGGCUUAUUAAUAUGCAGAGAUACGGUCCUCCACCUUCAUAUCCUCAAUUGAAGAUUCCCGGUCUCAAUGCUCCUAUUCCACCAGGAGCCAAGUUUGGCUAUCAGCCUGGAGGUUGGGGUAAACCACCUGUUGAUGAAUAUGGGCGCCCUUUAUAUGGAGAUGUCUUUGGUGUGGUGCAACAAGACCAUCCUAAUUACGAGGAUGAACCCGUUGAUAAGACUAAGCAUUGGGGUGACUUGGAGGAAGAGGAAGAAGAGGAGGAAGAGGAAGUGGAAGAAGAGAUGGAGGAAGAUGAGUUGGAAGAUGGUAUUCAGUCUGUGGACAGUCUUUCGAGUACUCCAACUGGAGUUGAGACUCCCGAUGUUAUUGACCUUCGGAAGCAGCAGAGGAAGGAGCCUGAGAAGCCUCUCUACCAAGUGCUUGAAGAGAAAGAAGAAAAGAUAGCUCCAGGAACUCUUCUUGGAACAACUCAUACGUAUGUGAUUAACACUGGCACUCAAGACAAGACUGCUGCCAAAAGGGUCGAUCUGCUUAAAGGUCAGAAAUCAGAUAGAGUUGAUGUUACUUUGGCACCCGAAGAGUUGGAACUGAUGGACAAUGUCCUGCCAGCCAAAUAUGAGGAAGCUAGAGAGGAAGAGAAGUUGCGUUCUCAGAGAGAGGAUUUCAGUGACAUGGUAGCAGAGAAUGAGAGGAAGAAGAAACGCAAGUUGCAGGAAAAAGAUGGCAAGUCAAAGAAGAAAGAUUUCAAGUUUUGAGGCGAAUUUCGUGUUCCAUCUUGCAAAGUUUAUCAAAACACAUAAAACGAAGCAUAAACUAUAUCUUAU